AUGUUGGUUUUACAUUGGUUUGUAGGAAAUGAUGAAGAUAAUGUCAUGGGUGUGGUAAGUCAUGAUCACUUGGCAAACUAUUAAGUAUACUUCAGUCUUUAUUAGGAAGCUUAACACGGUGUAGACAGCAGUGAACAUUUCACUUUUAAAUGAAUUUUUGUUCUUUCAAACUCUAUUGGUUUCAUUUAUUUAGCCUCUCUCAUUUUGUCAAAUGUGUAUUUAUCUUCAAAAAGAAAAAGAAACAAUAUUAUUGUUGUCAUGUGUUCCCAUCCUCUAUUAAAUGUCUCAUUAGGAAGUUUUGCACUGUUAUUGUGCAGUGGACGUCAAGGAAAUAACUAGCCUGCGUAGCUGGCGGUAUUGUGUGGGUGCAAGAUUCAAGUUUUGGCGGCAGAGCCGUGUUCCAAAAAAAGGGAGCAGGGACGAGGCGGUUGAAAUACCACCUGCCAGAAAACCCCGGUAUUUUGAAUAGUCCGCACACUAGUGUGCGGAGAAACGGAUUGGUCGAGGGCCAUACAUAUGUCAAUCAUGUUAGAUGAUCCUUCGCAUAUAUUUCCCAAUUAAGGGAGCAGAUGGCAAACUGGAAAAGACGUAAGUGAUUGUGGCUUCCCCUUUAAAAAGAGCAUAAUUGAUGACCAAAUUGCCGAAAUGGCGGGUUUAAACUUCACAGCGCUGGAAUUGUCUUUAUUUGGCCGUAACAAGAACACCUACAGAAGAAUAAACCACAGGAAAUGGUUACUCCAUAUGCAUGUAACAAACCAGCUUCAUGACCUUUUAAUGUUAAGCCUAGCUUGGCAAAAAAAGAUUUACUCAGUCAAAGUUUAGGAUGAUACAUCCACUGUGUAGUGCUAGUAACCUUCGCGUGAGAGCCGAGAAAAUAAAAAAGCUUCUGUUCAAGCAAACUCACGAGGUCACGUUUCACAUUAUCACGAGCUUAGGAGUCGUGUUUAGCCUGUCAGCACUUAUUUCUAAACUGUCUUGCGCGAAAAUAAUCGGCUGAUUUAAAUGGGAUCAGCUAAGGUGACAAAAAUGGGCGGCAUUCGAAAAAUCAUGGUUCUCUGGCAGGCGGUAUUUCUCAUGGCACCGCCGUUCGUGGACGGCUCCACUGUCAAAUCUCACUCGACUAUAUUACAACAGCUCCGCCGCCAAAUCUCACUUGACUACUACACAAUACCGCCAGCUACGCAGGCUAGGAAAUAACCAAAAUGCAUGAUGCACGCACAGAGUAGCCUGUGUACAGACGUCCCCCCUGCCUCAGACAAAAUUGGGAGAAGAGACGUCUGUGAAUUGCCGACGAUAAUUGUGUUCCUGUUUCCCUGGAAUGUUGGGGACAGCCUCUGAUUGGUUAUAAUGUUAAUUAUGCCAUGAUGCAAAUAGUUUCCAGUGUUGUGAUUGGUGAAUGAAUCUCAGAAUAGAUUCCCCGGGGAAAACCUUAGCCUUUGUGGACAGUUUACCGCAUUUAUAUUUGUUUACUUGUAUUUCGGCUCUCUGGAAUGGGCAUGUGAAAUUAAGACCACUGAUGUUUGCUGCAUCAGUUGCGGGUGCAUCUGUCUCUGCCGGAUGGUAUUGUAAAAAAAAAAAGGAAGGAUGUACAGAAUUCAACUCUUAAUCAGAGAUCUUAUAUCUGGAUUUUAGCAUGGACAUUGUGUGAAGCUGUUCGGCUAGCCUGAGUACAGACCCCAGGGCUAUUUUUUGGCCUAUACUGUACAUGUGCUGAUCAUGAUUCGUAGAAAAUAAAGGCAAAAGUAACGAUCCUUUAUGUGGAACCUACUUGAAAUCAUUGAAUGGAUCAACUCCUGCAUAAAAUGCUUGACUGGAGAUGGAAACAGUACUUUUGAGAUAAAACUUCUUUCAAACCAAAAACCACAGGAAAUCGAUGCACAGUAACAGACCGACUUUAUAAAUUAUGCUAAAAAAAAUUUUAAAAGAAAACUUCAAAAGCAUGAUAUACUAGUUGUGUGACAUUUUAGGAAGAUAUUCUAGUUAGGACCUAGCUGAGCUAUAAAGGUUGAGAACAUCCGAGAGAAUAACUGCGUACAUUCUCUUAAAGAGUCCCGAGUCAUGUCGUUCUGUCAACACCUUUUCAACUGUCAGAUGAAACAACAACAAAAUAUGAUUUAUAAUGGUAAUGUGUACUGGAACGUGAUUAAUGACAGUUAUUCCCAGACGUCUCUUCUCCCGAAGAGGGAGGGGGGUCGUCUGUACGCAGGCUAGCACAUAGCUGUUGUUUUAUUUUUUUAUCACCGCCAUGGUCGUCGUGGCUGCUUAAGCUUCCUAUUAUCCCAUUCAAAUAAAAGUGUUUCUUGUUUCACGAUGGAAGUUUUCUACUGAUUGUAUGUGUUAUUGAUGGUAGGAUGAGCAUCAGGACUACUGUGAAGAAUGUGAAGAGGGUGGGGACUUGUUACUGUGUGACACCUGUACACUGUCUUUUCACUUGCGUUGUCUGGAUCCCCCACUUGAUGAACCUCCUCAGGGAAGAUGGAGUUGUCCUGUCUGUGUAAGUUUUUCUUUACUUUUAAGAGGAAUCCAGUGUCUGUGGUAGAGCCAAGGAAUUUAUAUUAAGAAGUUUCUUUGUUGUAAAAGUUUUGAGUUGUUCAACUUGAGUAGCAUGAACGAGGCUUCUGUUCAGUUGGAAGCAAUGUGCAGAGUAAACUAUUUUAUAACCAAUCUAGUAAACUGAGGAACAGCGCUUGGUAAAUUCCACUUAGAUAGGAGUAGGGUCUGCUGAGGGGAUCUGUGCCCCUCUACUUUGUUUUUACCAACGAAGCAUGAUGCCUCCAGACUUAUCCUUAAAAAUGGCAUGCCGCUAAAACCUCCCCCACACACACCCCAGACAGAGGUAUAUAUAUACAAAGUAGAAUCCCGGUAACUAGAACUCUAAAGGGAACUAAAAACAGUUCAAGUUAGCAAGGGUUUGAGCUAACGGGGUCGAUUUCAAAAUUCAAUUUUCCACAUUAAAAAUUGAUAAUUACUGAUUUUUCAGCAGGUCAGAUUUUGUCAGAAAAGGUCACAUGAUUAGGCAUCAUUUCAUGGCGUUUAUGAUAAAAUGUUUUCUGUCCUUUGCACCAAUUAAAAUCAAGUUGAUGUUGUAUUGACCAGUGCUAGUUUUAGUGUUUUUACUGAUAAUACUAAAAGAAGAGUUAAUGGGAUGGCAUCCGAGUGGAGUUAGAAGAGCCAGAAUUCGAGUUAUUGAGGUAAAUUUCAGUGAAUUUUUGAUCAAGGGAAAUGGAAUUUAGUUUGAGGUAGCAGGGAAUUCGAGUUAUAUGAGUGCAAGUUAACCAAGUAAGGAAAACUGAAAAGUGGGGUGAAAACCAAAAAAAAUGGACUUAGUUUGAGUUAGUGGGAAGUUCGAGUUCUCCGAGUUCAAGUACAAUGUAUACUGUACAAUGUAUACAUAUCAGCAUAUUUAAGAAUUAUUCCUCAAGCCCAAAUGGGCUCUGUAGUGACUCAGAGGCCACUAGGGUAGCCUGUGAACAGGCUCUCUGUCUGGGGAAAAAAAUAGCAAGGAAAGGGAAGGGAAGGGGGGAGAGAGCCUGUAGACACACGUUUGAGGCCGCUAUUCCGCCCUCUUGUAAUUAUCUUGCCGAACAUCUGUCAGCAAGAUCGUUAUCUGUCAAUCAAUUUCGCGCGUGAGUAACUCCUGGGAAAAUUAAAGGGAAAAAAACCGUGUUUUGCUUCGUCUCAAAACAAAGUGAAAUGGACCGCGAGCCUAAUUGUCGAUUUUGAAAAAAAUCGUUGAUCUCCGGUAAGAGAAUUAAUACGGUGCCGGUCGUUGGCGUUUCAAGAAAUAAGACCUUGCUGGUUGACAGUGGCCAAGACAGCGUUGUACUAGUGCAAGCAUUUGAUUGCUCAAGAUUUCCUCUUGUGCAAGGAGAAAGCUUUUCGAUUUAAGCUGCUUAACUUGUGCUCAUCGCUACCGUUCGUCUUGCUAGUUCAGUUUCUAAUUCAACAAGCCCCUGCAAUGAGCGAACUUGGAAUGCGAAAGGUACAGAUACUAUCAUGACUUCUCCAGAACGUGAACCUCCAAAGACAAGUACAAAGAAAUCAACAGCGCCUCGAUCGCCGACAGGAAUUACACCUUUGGGUAUUUAUCCCGCAUUUAUAGCAAUAAAAGAGGGCGGUAGGCCUACAUGGCGUUUACCUCACGCCAAAAUGCUGCCUGUUCCCAUAAGUUUUUUCCUCUGCUCGGUAGAUUAUGCUCUGGAAGGUUCUACAUUUUCACUGAGCAAAUAUGGUUUUAGCCGCUGGUUUCACACUGAGAGGUCAUAGCAUACAUAUCGAUUUACUGUGGUUUUUGUCUCUGGUCGGCAGGAUUUGCCCUCUCUGAUGCAAGAGCAUUUUCUUUGACCUCUUUUGAAGCGUAAAGCUUUUUAUUGCGGCUGAAUAAGGGUCGUACUUUUCUCCAAAGUGCCCUCUGGAUCUGAAUAACUAAGCGAUUUUCUUUAGUCCGUAAAUGUAAUGUUUUUCUGAAAUGUUGUAUCACGCUGGGCCCAGGUCGUUAGUUUUCUUUGCAGAAUGUUUAAAAUGAUCACGGAUAGUAAUUUACAGAUCCAAAGUUAUAAGAUUCAAGUGCAGCUUAAACCGAAGCUACAUCAACUAUGGAGAAUUGCAUUUUGACUCGGUAAACUCCAGCCUAGUGUUUUUCUAUCCAUUAGAUAGUACUGAGUCUUUUGACUGCAGCGCGUAGUUCCUCCCUUGGUAAUAGCUUUUGAACAAGCUUAACAGUCUUUGGAGUGUUUUGUUAUUUCCAAACGCGUGUUACGUGCCGACCGAAAAGCCGAUGUCAAUCAGACCUUUCAACAGUCAGUGUUCUCGCCAAUAAGAACUUGCAUCAGGAUCUGAUGCACAGCGGGUGCCGUGGAACGGCGGUCCCAAAGGCUUGUCCACAGGCCUUUUCGCUUUUCCCUCUCCCUAAUUCCCCGCUCGACCAAAGGCCUGUUCACAGGCUACCACGAGGGCAAGAGGAAUAUUAUUGUUUUAGUAAAAUCCAACUAGUUGGUCAAAACAAAACAACUUUAGCUAGAAAAACGCGAUUCAGCCACCAUUGUUUUGGUUUUCAAAGCCAGUGCUUUUCUCUAAUAGUCUGCUAUAACAUAUAGCCUAGUAGUAGCUCAAACAAUCAGAACGCAGCAUUGAUAAUAGGCCACUAGUGGGAUUUUACUAAAUACACAUACCGUAUUUAUUUGAUUAACUGCCCUGGGCACUUGUUAAAUUUUUGGAUCCUGAGGGUGGACGCUAAUUCGAGGUGGGCGCUUAUUCGAGGCUGGGCGCUUAUUAAAAUUUCACCAUUUCCAGCAAGUGCAGUAUGUUUAUUUUGCAAUAAAUGGUAAUAACAAAACGCGAAGAUGUAACAAAGCAAGGUUCCUGUAAACUACUCUGAAGAAAACUCUGUCUUCGGGGACGUCUCUCACACUGUAUUAGUACUUAUUCAAUUUUGGGUUUGGGGGGUGGGAGCAGGAAGGGUGAUUAGGGUGGGGGUAGUUUGAGUUUGAGUGGGAGGGGAGGGGGGGGGGGUGGGGUGUGGGUGCUUAUUAACUUUUUCUGCCUUUAGGAUGAGCGCUAAUUCGAGGUUGGGCGCUUAUUUGAGUAAAUAUGGUAUAUAUAUUAUAUGAACAUGACAGAGAAUUGCAUGGGUAGGAAAGAGCAAGAACAAAACCUGAACUAUGUAGGAUGUUGUUGAUGUAGGUUUUAGACAUCAUGAAACUUGGUUUUCUCAAUUUUGCACAUUUUUUUUUGUCUGGUAUCCAGUCCUUUUUAGUCUGUUCUAUUCAGCUUUUUAUUCAGUUGAAUGGAGAGUCAAAGCGGUAACAUCUGCACUUAACUGUGCCUGUAUGUUAGGUUAUCUUGUUCCAUUAUCCAGGAAGAUGAAAUGACAAGUGACUCCAGUGAAGACAUGCAUAGUGAUUACUGCAGAGUGUGUAAAGAUGGUGGCCAGUUAUUAUGUUGUGAUAGUUGUCCAUCUGCCUAUCAUUUGCACUGCCUCAUUCCACCAAUGAAAAAGAUUCCUGGAGGAGACUGGAGAUGUCCACGAUGCAAGGUAGUUAUUUUGAUUAAAGGUAUUAUAUAUGCACAUAGUGGUUGGUACAUUUUCCCCUUGUUCAAUUUAUUUUUCUUUGUUUUAAACAAAGUAAAAUUGCCCCACAAAUUACAUAACUUGGCUCUAUUCUUGGGUAUGAAGCUGCAUACUAGUGUAGAUUUUGAGUGGCAACUCUGUGUGGUCUUUAUAAGCCUUGUGUUCCUGUGCAUGUUUUAUUUAACUCUUUCACUCCUAAACCAUGUUAUCGCAAGAUUGUUUCAUGCUUUUUUGUUUAUUUUUUUUUUCCACUCUUACAUUUAAAUUUGUGAAAGAAAUCCCAUAUUGUUACCAUUGAAAUUAAAUGUCCUCUUUGGUGAGGGUUGUCCAAUCCACACUAAUUACUAGAAUCUACUGGAAACACAAAUAGAUUUCAACAGACUCCCUUAUUUCUACUCGUAGAAGAUGUAAAAACAUUUUAAUCAUGACUUGUGUAGUGUACUUACCUCAAGUCAUGGCUUAAUGAAUAAGGUGUAAAUACAUGUGUAGGGUUCUUGUCUCAGGUCAUGGCUUAAAGAACAAGAUAUUUCACUUCAAGUAGACUUUCAGUGAUUCAAGGAAUUGGGCACAACUAUUGCACAGUACUAUUUAUUUUAGGGGACUUACCAAAAAUAAAUUUUUUUGAGGGGGAAGGAUAUUUUUGGCUACUUUUUAAAAGGGUUAAUCUUGUUAUGUAUAGUACGUUUUUUAUUACACUUCCAUUGUUUGCUCUCAGAGUGAGCCAUUGAAAGGCAAAGUUGAGAGAAUUCUUCACUGGAGAUAUGUUAACCUACCAAUUGAAGGUAAGUAUUCCAUUUUUGACAUUGUCUUUGUAAAGAGUUGCUAGUAGCUCAUGUUUCUACCAUAUUAUUUCUUGUCUACUGAGAAUUUAAUGUGCGACAAAUGCAGACUGCACAGACUUACAGAACUGGCAGAUUCAAGUCUUGUUAUAUUUAUAUGAAAAUGGGACAGUUUCAUGAGCAUUUCACAAUGUGGUUAACUUGCCAAUCUGCAGUCUGCAAUUGUUUCACACUGCUCAGUAAUGCACUAGGUGCAGUUUUGCUGCUUCAUUAGAGGACCUCACAAUUUGCUGAGUAUGAGUACUACAACUUUUGUCUAAUAUAUACAUCUCGAAUGUAUUCUUCAAUAAUCAGCUCUAUCUAUAGGCCAGCAGAAUAAAGGAACCAGAUCCAGAUUUCUGGAUACAUUGCUGGCUUUAAAGUUCAAAAUUUUUACUAAAGCUUAAUGCCUUAAUGUUCAGUAAUACUUCUGCUUAAACCCAUUCCCAAAGACCGCGGGGUAGCUGUUCAAAGAGAAUACUCAUGCAUGGUAGCAUUACAGGCAAUUUUUAAGAACACUAUUUCAGCUCUUAGCUGGCACCCACUCUACCACACCAAUACUAGAAAUGUCAUCAGAGGUACAAUCAGCUCUCACUAACACUGUUACAACUCUGUAGAAAACAGGUGUCUGCCUUAAAUAUAUAGAGUGAACGAAAAGAGCUAAAGAAUGACAGGGAGUAACUCAGGGUGUCUGUUUUAGAGAGAUGUUCAUCUUGUAAGUGGUUUUGGGUAAGAGAGUGGACAAAAGUAAAUCCAAAUUUUUCUGCAACCAGUUUUGCAAGACUGAGGGUGCAGAUCCCUAUGUAACUUACAACAGUUUCAGUGAUAAAGUAUUCUGCCUUAAUUUGCUCCGAGUCCAUGGGUUUCCAAGUAUGAGUGAUAUGUAAGGUACAUGUGGGUAAAUCUCAUACUGAUACAUUUAUAACAUUGUUUUUGCAGAUGCUAUGCUCAAGUCUGGUGAUACUGGAGAGCUGACUGAACCAGAGGUAUGCCGCCUUGUGGCAGUUACCUUGUUAACUUCAGUUCAGUUAAUCUGUUUAAUUUUAGGAUCAAGUUUUAAAUAAGAAGAUCCACAAGCCAUACUGUUUAUUCAGUCUUGAGAGUCUGUAUGGACUCGCUGUGCAUGUAGCUAACAGAAGAAUUUAUUUUGCAGACUUAUGAAACUCGAGAGUUUUUUGUCAAGUGGUUGGAUAUGUCAUACUGGCAUUGCUCAUGGAUCACAGAACUCCAGGUUGGUCUCUGCAUUUACUGUAUGUUCUGUUGAAUGAGAGGAUGUGUAGUUUUACAGGGGCGGAUGUAGGAGGAGGGUGCAGGGGGCUCCCCCCUCCACCCAAGAUGAACUGUGUGUUUCUAAUUAGCACUGUGAAGUUUGCUUCACAGUUAUAUAAAAUCCGCUGUAUCCAUGGUCUGCACGGGCCUUGAAAAGUCCUUGAAAAAACAUCAUGUCCUUGAAAGUCCUUGAAAAUUGAAAAAUAGUGGGAUAUCCUUGAAAAGUCCUUGAAUUUUCCACAGCAGUCGUUGGAUAUUAUUGAAAGCUCCUUGAAUAAAAAUGACCUUCAUUAAAGAAAAAAAAUAGUGUUUUGUGCAAAGGAAUGAUUAAAGCACAGCAUUACACAAAUUUUCUUGGUGGUCAUGCAAGUGUUUUCUUAUGUUUUCAGUGUUCCAAGCAUAGUUCAUUUUCCAUUAUUUGAAGUAGCCUACGAACUGUAUUGCAAUAAGCCAACACCCCUCCACCUACGCAUUGUAAAGGUCUUUAAUCAUGUUAUUGGGGUAAAGAAGUCCUUGAAAAAAUGAUUUUAGUCCUUGAAAAGUCCUUGAUUUUUCCCAAAUAAUUCUGUAUGAACCAUGUAUAUUGUUUUAUAUGUAUUCGCAGCAGUUCACAUUAUGUUACUGCCUAGUCAAAAGCCUUCUUCUUCAUAUUCGCUUUUAAAAUUUGUUUACAUCACCGAACAGUUAUACCAUUCCAUAGUAGUGCACCCAUCCUGGAUCUGCCCCAGUGUAUAAACUAUAAUUAAGAGUUGGGAAGGGAGUCAUGCAGACAAGGAUCAGUAAAUUACCAGGCAAUGAGCAGUCUCACACAUGCAUUGGUUUUGUACAUGUAUGUUGUAAGGGGCACAAGUAGUCCCAUUUAACCCAGAUUGUCUACAGGCCACAGUUGAUCAAGUGAUGGAUAGCAGUAUUCACUGGAUAAUUCUCUAUCAGUGGAUUAAUGUAAUUGGUUUCCCUAAUACUUCUCCACUGGAUUUUGAUAUAUCCAGUGGAUAAGGUCAUCUUUCAAUAGCCAGCAUUGUAUCACAAGGAAGUUUAAUUGGCCAUACAAUACACUGCAUUCAAUUAACUCAUUCAGCUGUGUUUUGGAGCAAAAUAUUAGGUAAUUCGUAAAUCACACACCAAAUUACGUACAAGAUAAUCACUUUUCAGCAGUGGUGAAAGUGGAGACAGAGGUCAAAUUAACAUGUAAACAUCAACAGUUUUCAUGUCUUGCAUUAUUUUUUUAGUUGGAGAUUUACCAUCCCAGCAUGUACCGAGCAUAUUUCCGUAAGAAUGACAUGGAGGAACCACCGCCCAUUGACGAUGGUGAUGAAGACAAGGAGACACCAGCACAUGUGAUACAGAACAGCAAGGCAGAGGAUGAAAGUAACCUUGAGGCCAGAUUUUACCGAUAUGGAGUACGGCCAGACUGGUUACAGAUUCAUCGCAUCCUGAGGCAUAGGUUAGUAUUACAGGCACGCCGGGCAGGGUUCGUCAGAGUGCACAGUGAGGGGGGAAAAUUCUGGAAACCUGUAACCCUGACAGGGUUUUAGUAAAUGUAUCUGAGGCAAUUUUAUUCUUGAGAACAAUAUCUCUUGUUUCUUCAAGUCAUUGAGUCCUGAUUUGCUGUGAUUUUUAGAACUGUUUAACCCUUAAAGUUCAAGAGUGACCCACAUGAAUUUUCCCCUCACAAAUAUCAAUACAGUAUCAAAAGAAAAGGUUAGGAGGUUUGAUAAAACGAUCACCUCAGGGAAAAUGCUUUGAUGUUUUAUCAAAUUCUCUCAACUAAUUCUUUAAGGAAAUCUAUGUAGAGCAGUUUGGAGAAUUUGCAGGUGGAUAUUGGGGCUUAGAGGGUUAAUGCCCUUUCAUUGUUAGAUUUUCUUGAAGUAAAUACCAUGCAAAGUAAUCAUAGUGAAUGCAUCUGCAUGAUCUGUUUGAUGAGAACACUGAAUGAUAGUCCAGAAUAUGGCAGAUAGACUAAUAAUUCCAAAUUCCAUGCAAUGGCAUGGUUAUAGAGCAGCGAAGAGAUGACAACACUAAAACUAGUUUCAAGAAAUUACUGGAUUUGGUAGUAAGAACUGGCCAUGAGCCAAACUUCUGCUAGUUAUAAUAGCAAAUUGAUGGUGAGAUGUACAAGCAAAACUAUGCUAUGAUAACUCCAUAUGAAUUCUUCUAAAAUUAAGUUGCCUCUGAAAUUUUACCAUCCAGGUCAACAGAAGGAUUUAUUUAGAGUUGCUACCAAUUUCUCUAACCAGAUGGACAGUUUUCGUCUUGUUCUUACUCAGAUCAUGUCCCAUAGAUCACAAAUUCAAAUUUUUGUGAAGUCAUACUUGUCUACACUAUUUUCUAAUAGAGAAAGACAGUGUUUGUGCUGCACAGUGGUGUCAUUAAUUUGACAGUGUGUAUGUACCAAAUUGUUUUUUUUUUUUGUCAUAUCUGCACAGGGUACCCAAGCAGUCAAAAGAAGAGUUCCUUAUUAAAUGGCGAGAUGUUCCAUACAAUCAGAGCACCUGGGAAAGGCCGGAUGAUGCGGUUAAUUCUCAAAUAAGGUUGGCUAAAAGACCAUUUUACAUUAUUGUAAGACCCGCUUAGGAGCGGUUAUGUCUGUUGUUUAUAUUUCAAAUACUGUCAUUUUUGUCUUUUGAGGAGUAGGCCAAGUCCCUGUGGAUAUUUAACCCAUCCCUAGUCGUUUGUCACCUUUUCAUCUAGUCUUAUGUUGGUAUUUUAACCCUUUGGGUCCCAAGAGUGAUAAACAUCAAUUUUCUCUAAACAAAAUCAGUACAUAAUCAAGGGAAGAGGUUAUGAGAACUGGUGUUAAAAUGAUCACCAAAGGGAAAAUGCCUUGAUCUUGUAUCAAAUUCUCCCGAUUAAUUCCUUAAGAAAGUGUCUUGAGAACAGUCUGGAGAAUUUGUAUGUGGACAUUGAGGCUUCGAAGGUUAAGGCCAUGUUGCUUUUUUGGAAUUUUACUCCAACAAGGUCUCAGCUGUGGGCUUAGUACCGUAGCCUUUGAUUAAAUGUGAGGCUGAGGUUGACCUUGCUUGGUUACAAACCUCCUUUGAUUUCUUAUGUUUGCAAAAUACCAGUUAGCAUUAGAACAACAUUUACAAAAGAAUGCAGAAGAGGUUGUAUCAAAAUAAGGUCAAUUCAAGCCUUGUUUCCAUCUGUAAUUCUAAAAUGGCCUAUUCCCUGCUAGUCUGCUACACAGCCGUUUUUAGUGUCGUCACACAAUGCUCCUCCCCAUUAACGGCUGCUGAAAACUGAACUACAUUCCUUUCCCGUGAUUAGCCAAUUAUAAUUCAGCUCCCAUUUUCUGGAAGGUGUUCGCGCCACCUUUGCGGUACUGUGACUCCUCCAAUCACAGCUUUGCUUUUAUCGUUGCCCCAUGUGUGAAUGACAGAAUAAUCAAAAUCGUCGCGUGAAAACAAGCAAUUAACUACAGUGUUGUCGUAGUCGAGUCGUAUUCAGAAUUUAGGAGAUAAGCAGCAACAGCAAGCAAGUCGAGCAAGUUGCAAUGCACAACAUGGAUGUGCUCAUAAAGUUGCCAGGUAUAGUUUCGGGAAAUCGCGCAUCAAUAAUUUGUAAGAUUGCUUUUUGAAUCAGUACCCUUGAGAGUUUAGUCUUCACAGAACACAAUAAGCACAUCCGGUACAUUAAAUUCUUCACUACAGAUCAGCACAUAUGCACGUUAAUGAAGAACCAACUGAUCCUGGUAAAAGUUUUCUAGGCGUAUCAAACCUUUUUUUCACUCGGAACUUUCUUGACCGCUUAAAACAAACUUUUUUGCAAAUUAACCUUUUCAUUGCUUGAAAACACAGAGCCCGUCUAAAUUCAGCGACGAUUGAUUGAUUUGUCGAAAACUGAGAAGCAUGCUCGCUUCCCAGCGCCCUGCGGCUCACAUAUUGUCAAAUUUCUUGUACAUGAUUGGUUUGUUCGUUAGACCACAAACACAAAGGGAAAGGAACCUGGUUCGGUUUUCAGCAGCCGUUAGUGGGGAGGAACGUUGCGUGACGACACUAAAAACGGCUGUGUAGCAGACUAAUUCCCUGCUAGUUAUUUUUGUUCUGUUAGCACAGGUGAAGUCUCUGACAGUGUGCCUUCUGUAAGAAGUUGUAGCAGAUUGUUUUGAUAAACCCAAAUAAAUUUAUUGUACUUUAAAGUUAAUUCAUACUUUUGAAUGUAUUGUUUUUUUUCUAAAGUGACUUCAAGGACCACAUAGCAAAGUACAGGGAACUCAGGUGAGGGAGUAGUUGUCGUUAUGAAAGCCACAGUUUGUUGAAAUAACUUUUUCACGAAGUUCAUGAACCAUUUCCAACAGAAGUAUUUUACUGUGGACAAUAAAGGGUUCACCUUUCUUUCAUGUGUUAUAAAUUUGCUUCUAAUGACAGAAUAGAACUCCUAUGUUUUUCUAAGAACAUCUACACUUCCUGGUAUACUUCUCUUGUCUAUGAUUGGGACCAUUAGUAACUAGAAACAUAGUGGAGGCAAAUAUAUUUGACUAAACCACCCUUCAAAGAUAACUGACUCCACAAGACUGUUGAAAUUUGAGGUGUCGGUAAAUGCCCCAACAGGGUGAGGGUGUAUUGUUUUUUUUUGUUUUGUUUCUAUUUUGGCCCUACCCAAAACAUAAAGAAGAAAGGGAGAAAAGGGCAAAAGAGACUGACUCCACCCUGGCUGGCUUUUACUGACACCCUUAUAUUUCAGGGAAAAAUCAUUAAGUUGAAUUAUUUACCUUUAUUUUGCUUUGAAUUUAAUAAUCUGUGUAAUGUAUUGUAGAGAUGCUUAUGAAAAGAAGAUAAGCAGUAAAAAGAAGCCCAGCAAACCAAAGAAAAUGAAGAAGCCAGUGCCAAUUGGGGAUGUAAGUAUUGCCAGCAGUUGUCAGUUUAUUUUCAUUAUUCUCAAGUCAUACAGGACCAGAUUCAACCCACUGUCAUGUAACUUUCUUGCACAUCAUGGUACAUUAACACAAAAUUACAUAAAAAUCCCACCUUCUCGGAGGACAAAUUGUGUUAUAAAAAUCAAAGAAACAAACAAAAUCCAAACUGUCACAAGAAUAUUGGAUGAUGGUGGGUCUUAAAAAUGAAUUAUUGUAACAAUCAUUUCUACUAUUGCCAAAGAGAAUCUGUACUAAAAUGAUUAUUAAUUCAAUGAAAAACUCAAUAGUGAACUUAAAAUCAUUUCUGUUAAAAAAAGCUCAACAGAACUUUCAUAUUGCUAUAAUAUUGAACUCAGCUGUAUUAGAAAAAAAACAAUGUCUUAAACACUAAACAUAAACUUUUAAACAUCCAUUUGAUGGGGAUUUGAUCAUGUUAUUUGCAAAUAUGAAACCAUCUAAAGUACAGCAAUGGUAUAGUGAUUUUGGUAAUUUAUAUGUCUCCUCACACAAUGGAAAACUUCAAAUUAGCCUGAAUCAUUCCUGUCCAGCAAAACAUGUUUAGAAGUAUCCAGGCAAUCUUGUUAUAAUAGCCUUCAUUUUUGUAUUGACAUUUUGGCCCAUUCGUUUGAAAAUAAUAUAAUUUGUUGGAAACUCUUUAGAAACGUAUUCCUACUGAUAUCCAGACAAUCUGAAUCAGAUCAAACUUUGUAAUUCACUUAAUGGCAAUAGCUAACAAUAAAGUUACAGGGUUGAUACAGUCAAGGUUUUGUUGACAUAGAUCGCCUCUGGUUUCUGAAUUUUAUGUGAGAGAGGCUUUUGAAACAAAAUAUACCCUAGACCAGUUUUAAACUCUCUGAGAAAAAUAUCUAGUACUUAAUUCUGCAUGCCAUUUCCCUUAAUCUUUGAGGAAGAUCUUUGAUCUUUUGGGCUGGGGGUUAACUCAGCCUCCAAAGAUAGGAUAUCCUUUUGAACUCCCCACCUCAGUGUUUGUCUUCAGUUCAGUUUCAGUUUCAGCUGUUGAAUGUCCGUCAUUCGACAUAGGCCCUCCCCACUAACCUCCACUGGUCCAUGUUUUGGGCGACACAUUGCCAGCAUUUUAAGAAACAAUUCAAGUUGUCUCUCCAACUUGUCCUUGGUCUUCCUCGGUUCCUUGUGUGUUCCCAGGGCAUCCAGAAUGUAAUGUUGGUUAAUAUUGUGUAUAAUGUACUGUACUACAUUGUUGUAACUAUAAUCUUUGAACCUAAUAAAAAGUUUAUAUUGACAUGUGUAGGAUGAAGAUCCUAUUUCAGAUUCAGAAUCUCCAAAGGUUGAUAAUGCAGAUAAACCUGUCAAUGAUGUAAGAAGCUUAAGUACAUUAUUUUAUUGUAACAUAAAAAUUUUACUUGUGUUUGUAAUUGGCCUCAAAUGACAAAAUCUGGUCAUAUUAAACAAUCUGUGUUAAAAGCAAAAUUUACUCUUGUUCACUAACUUCACAAAUAAUAUGUUAAAAUUUUUAACUUUCAUUUUCCUUUUAGAAUGAUUUUUUAUAACUCAAAAUGAAUGAAGUUAACCUUCCAUUGCUAAAUGUAACCUCAGACAUUUAAACAAACAUAAUUAAAGUAACCCUUGCUGUACCCAUUUUUUUUGAAAAAAUUGUUAAGUGACAAGAAACCCUUCAUUAAUCUUUACAUUAAAAGGAAUACAUUUAACAAGUAAAUGCUAAUGUUCACAGCCUACCUAAUAGUCGGUUAAUAUUUUUUGAAUAAGCCAGCAGAUAUCUAGAAUAUGUAAUACAACAAAGUUAAGCCAAUCAGAAUUUGGUCAGCAGAUUCCUCCCUCCCUCAUACCUUGGGUACUGAUACAUAAAAAUAAUGCCUUCCAUCUUUCUUGUGAUUAUGCUGGGAUAACUGCACAGAUACUUGUAUCCAAGUCACUGGUGCAUGCCUGAAUUGCAUAAACUACUCUUGGUUUAAACUUGUUUUGACUGUAUAUGUUACAAAAUACCUUUAGGUCGCACCACUGACUCAAUAGCCCAUGUUCGAUAAAUUAAAAUUCUAACAUGACUCCUGGGUUUUCUGGUAAUUUUUCUUUAUUUGGUUUGGUGCUCAAGUCUCUUCAGGAAAUUGCAAGACAUUGGAGUCGUAAUGUAAAUUAUUUAUUAAACUGUUUUGUAAGAACAAAGGUACUGUUCACAAACAGUUCUGGUUUGUCCUUACAGCCACGUGACAAAUAUGAGGAGCAACCAGACUUUAUAACAGCAGGUGGCGGUAAGCUACAUGAGUAUCAGAUGGAAGGAUUGAACUGGUUACGCUUCUCUUGGGCCCAGGGUACCAACACUAUCUUGGCUGAUGAAAUGGGGCUUGGAAAGACAAUUCAAACCAUUGCCUUCUUGUAUUCACUAUGGAAGGAGGUAUGACUGUUAUUUAGCUUUAAGGUCUAUCAUUUAUUGAUAAUUAUAGUGAAUGAUCGAUUAGGUGCCACGGUGCCUAUUUGAUUUUCCAUGUAAAAGGUGUGGCGCUUAUUCAAGAGUGGCGCUUAUUUCAAUAGCGGGGAAAACACUGAGGGAAGUAUAUAGAGAACUCUAACUUGAGCAACAAACCUUACAAAUAUGUACAUCUCGAAUUGUUAUGUAAACCCGGUUUCAAGAGUUUCCCUUACCUUAAAACGAGAGAAGCUCACGAGUUGGUUGUGGUCUUAUUUGUCAAGCAACUUGGUUUUCAUAUCUCUUUAUAUCAAGCGCCAAAACAAAGGUUGGGCGUUUAUUUGUAAAUACCCAAAUUAGCACCGCAGCACUUAUUAAAUUAUUUUCGGUGUGGUGCUUAUUCGAGAAGCAGAAAGAAAACAAGCGCUUAGGUCAAUUCUCCAUUUUUGGCAAUUUUAAUGCAUAGACAUAAAGAUGGAAACAAAUUGGGCUUAAAGUAGGGUCCCAUGUAGUAUCCUUUGAUUGCAUUUUAUUCGUGGCUUUUUAGAGUCUGUUUCUAAAAGGGAAGAAAUCAAGGUGUUUUUCUGACUCUCAUCUGCCUCUCCACCUCUUGGUUUUUUUGUGCUCUUGUUUGAGCCAGGAGAUUUUAUGACCUCUUUAAUGUGUGUAUGUUUUCAGAUUAUUUAUGAUGAGUACCAGUUUUUUUACAUGUAACUGGAAGUUGUUAUUAGUUAGCUUCAAACAUUGUUUACAUAAUUCAUACUGUUAACUGUUGUUUUUAGGGCCAUUCACCAGGUCCAUUUUUAGUCAGUGCCCCACUGUCUACGAUCAUUAACUGGGAAAGAGAAUUUGAAUUUUGGGCUCCUGACAUGUACGUGGUUACUUAUGCUGGUGAUAAAGCUGCCAGGGCAACCAUCAGGUAAAAUAAUUGGCACUGAUGUAUUUCCUUUAUGCAGUCUACAUGAUUAGUUGAUAGACAGUGCAAGACUGUGCUCAAGCAAUGCCCAGUGGCCCCUGAUGCCCAUAUAAGUUUUGCUGUUGGGUGACUAGAACAUCUUAGUUUUUCAUACAAGUCAUAUACUGGGCACCUGGAUUUUAUAGGUUUAGAGCUCUGCGCUCCCUUAUUUCUCUUAAAGCACAGUCUUGCAGUGCCAUUGAUCAAUCGUUCGAUCAAUUAAUUGAUGGCUUGUUCAGAAUAUUAUAAGCAACCAACAAAGGCUUCUACUAUACUGUCCUUAACAAAUAACCUUUUUCAAAAACCUUUUUCCUCAGGAAUUAUGACUUUACAUUUGAUGAAGAUGCUGUAAAACAAGGACUGAAACCUCAUAAAUUAAAGGUUUGCUUUUAACAUGACCAGGAUUGUCUGUGAUGUUUUAGAUAUGAUGAUGGCCAAUCUGUUAUUACUCACAUGGUAUUUAUCAUUAGGAUGGGCUACUCCAGGAAUUGGCUAUAAUCAAGAAUAUUUGAUUAGGUUAUCACCUUGCAAGCCUGCUGAUUGUAUAAUGAAUUUAGUAUUAAAAAAGUAUGCAUUACAUGUACAUUGCAAGUCAACCACUUCAUUACACAAGUGCUUUUGUUGUAAAAGCUGAGAGAAGUAUGAGGAGGAUUCAAAUUGAGAUUUUCCUCAUGGCUUCACCAUUAGCUAUGCAUGAUGGUUCCUCUUCCAAAAAGCAUUUAACCCACAAGAUUUCCCUACUAGUUGGUUUGCAAAUUGAAUUAGCCUUUUUAUGCAACUUAGGUUACAUUCAAAAAUACCUCAAACCAUUGUAUGAUUUAAGACAACUCUCUCUUACACAAUAGACUACUAUUUUAUUGUUGUGAAUUACACCCCAGCCUUAAGGUGAAUAUGAGGCUAGGGUUGGCUUUGUUUGAUACAAACCUCCUUUACUAAUUUUUCUAAUGUAGAUUUUGCUUUAAAAAUAGUAGUUAGUAUAAGAACAAGACAAUUUACAUAAGAAAGUAGGAAGGGUUGUAUCAAAACAAGGUCAACUCAAGCCUGGUUUCCACCUUUUAAAUGUAAAGUUGGCUUUCGGACUAGUACUUCUCACACUUUGUCCUUUGCCUAGGAAGAGUAGAUUGUUAAUACUGCGUGUUCUGGUUUGCAGAAAGAUCACCCUGUGAAGUUUCAAGCACUGUUGACGUCAUAUGAACUGGUGUCAAUUGACAUGACCACCCUGCAGUCUAUUGACUGGGCUGUAUUAGUGGUGGAUGAAGCUCACAGGCUUAAGAAUAAACAGUCCAAGGUUAGCCCAGAAAUCUUAAACACAACUACUGUAAAUACAAUAAGUAGGCAGAACUCAAACAGCCAAGGAUUUCUUUUGGUUUUACCUCUCUAUUUUUUAAAGUAGCCAGUAGUCACCUUCAUAGGAGCCUGGGAAUUCCAUGGUCCUUGGCUUUUGCAGACAGCCCUGUGCACCCCUUCUUGGUUCCAGGGCAUGUUUUCUGUUCUUUUCUCGUCUCUAUGAACUGUGUUCUCUAUGUUACCUCCAAAGUUAGUUUCACUUAUAGCCAAGUUAAGUACUUGUAGAUAUUUUGCGAAACAAUAAUCCUAAAUGAUGAAAAUACAGACAAUGUCACUUGUACAGGAAUGCAAGAGGACUUCUUAACAUACUUAAAUAGAACCAACUUAAAGAGCAUCAUUAACCGGCCCACAGCCAAUUACUCCUUCAUAUUUUUUACAAAUAGCAACACAGUAACGUUUCUUCUACUGCCCCGAGGUUAUCUCUGUGAGAGAAACUCCCAUCAUUUAAUAUUUGGAUUGUCUUUUUAGUUCUUCCAGAUUCUCAGUGCCUAUUCAAUAGACUAUACCCUGCUACUGACAGGAACACCUCUUCAAAACAACCUUGAAGAGCUUUGGAAUUUGUUGAAUUUCCUUGAUCCUGCAGAGUUUAAGUAUGCUAUUGUUUUUAACUUUAGUGAAAGCAUAAUUUAAUCCACUUUGUUUUUUUUUAAAAUGUUACCAACUAGUAAGAGGUCAAAGACACAAAUAUCGAUCAACAACAUGUAUCCUGUAGGAUGCGCAGAUCAAUCAUGUAGCCUGAAGAUGUCUUUGAAGAAUAUCCUGUUUGUGAAUUCAAGUCUGUUAUAAAACUUUCGUGAAUUCAAGUUAGCAAUAUCAUCUGCAAUGAAAUGGGUCCAAAAGUAAUGACUUAAAAAAAAACAAAGGCAUUUCUAUGCCUAAGCCCCAAUAAAAUCUUUUGUUUUUGAACUGAGACUCAUCAUUUUUCUCACCUCUGCAAUUUGUAACAAAAUUACUGCAGGAAUGAAAAUCAUCUUUCUCAGACAAGUGCCAAGCCCUGCAAGCUGAUCUUUUGUUACAAUGAACCCUGUUUGGGGGACAAAGUUAGUAUAUCUGAUUAUUCUUAUUUUUUUCUAAUUCAGGAGCCAGAAUAGUUUCCUAACAGAGUUUGAGGAUGUUGCUAAGGAAGACCAGAUUAAGAAGCUUCAUGAUAUCCUAGGUCCCCACAUGCUGCGGCGUCUUAAGGCAGAUGUCUUGAAAGGAAUCCCCUCCAAGAGUGAGCUUAUCGUCAGAGUUGAAUUGAGUCCUCAACAGAAGUAUGUUUGCAGAUGUUUUGGAAUCUUCUCAUAAAAUAGCCAUUAAUCCAUUUUGUUUAUACAACAGAAGAUAGCAGUUCAUGAAAGUGUCUCAAGGAACUUUUGGGCUUAUCUUUCAACAUCUGGGUUUUGGUAAAAGGAUGGUCCAGAAAUCUUAAAGAUCACAAUACUUGGCCAGAGCUAGUCGUGACUUUUUUUCAGAGAUGUCCUAACAAAAAGUGGUGGUGACCAACAUUUUACUAUUUGCCUAUGUUAGUAGUGUUGACACUUGUAUUAAUGAUAACAGGGCCUUCUACAGUAUGCUUCAAGUAUCAAGAGACAUGUUUCCAAUUAACUGUGAAACCAAGUGACUAUUCAGACAAGUAAACAAAAUCACUGUGAAAGGACAAGAUAUGUGAAGUAUCUUGCCAAGUUCCUAGGCGCCAUUAAUACCAUGCAGCUUGUUUGGGGUCACAUGGUCUGAGUGAUGCUUUAGUAUUUUGUAUUGCCUAGUUUUUAAUAAUGUAUAUAUUGUAUAAUUACAUUUUACUGUUUAUUACCUAGCUUUUUGCAAAUUCAUAAUUCAGAUUUUUCUUUUUUUUCUUAAUUUCCUUAUUUUACUCUUAUAUCAGGCGAAGAGCCAUACCAUGGAUGUACUGAUAUAAUUUAAACCAUUAUUAUUGUUAUUAUUAUUAUUAUGAAAUUUAAUGACACAGAUAGCGUGAGUAGAUACAAUACAAGAAGAAGGCAAGUGAAUGUCAGGUCAGCACUCAAAGGUGUGGAUUUAAAAAUUGACUGUUUUUUUGUGGUUUGUUUUACAGGAAAUACUACAAAUACAUUUUAACAAGAAAUUUUGAGGCUCUGAACACCAAAGGAUCUCAUCAAGUGUCUUUGUUAAAUGUUAUGAUGGAGCUGAAGAAAUGUUGCAACCAUCCAUACUUGUUCUCUUCUGCGGCCCUGGUAAAUAUGUCAGUUUGAUAUUUCUGACUUAUGUAACAUUAUUAUUUGAAACUUGAUGCAUGGGGCGAAAAAAAUAGAUUUGUUUACUCAUUUUGAAAGUUCAAAGAUUGGAAAUUUUUUUCUCACGAUUGUUCAUGAUAUACAAGUGACUACUCUGUAUAGAAUGAACUCAAAAUUCUUCAUUUUGCACUUGAUUAAGCAGUGCAUUUCCUUUUGGGAAAUCAAUCACAACAACCUGAACUAUUAACAGAUCUUAUCCUUAAAUACCAUUUAGUGAUGGGUUGCCCAGGAUGGGAUCCUGUCAAAGUAAUAGAGUGCUUUUGAAAAACGUGUAUAGAAAGCAGCAAGCCUUUUUUUCGUACUAUCAAUGGGCAUCUGACCAAGUUUUCCCUUCGCUUAUCGUUUAUUGUUUAUCAUCUUUUUGUUUCCUAAUUUGAGACAUGGACGGCUAGAAUCAGACUUUUUCCGUUCGCCAAAGAUAUAAUAAAUUAUUCUAAAUCUCUCCAUUAUGUUAUUUGCAUGGACCUUAGGAGGCUCCUAGAAGUGCUAAUGGUAACUAUGACACAGCAGCUCUUACUCGUGCUUCUGGAAAGCUGGUCCUGCUGGAGAAAAUGUUGAAAAAAUUACGAGAGGAAGGACACAGAGUUCUCAUUUUUUCACAGGUAACGUUAUAA